AUGAUCUUUGGUUGUGGACAAGACAAUGAAGGCCUCUUCAACAAGAAUGGAUCAGGCAUGAUCGGCCUCGCAUGUGGAUCGGUGUCUCUUAUCUCUCAAAUGAGUUCUUCAGUUGAUGGGGAAUUCUCCUACUGCCUUGGGCAGGCCUUUUCAAGACUCAACUCUUCAAGCAAAAUGAGCUUUGGCAGUGAAGCUGUGGUUCCUGGUGUCAUGGUGGUUUCUAACCCCUUACUUCUACAAGACCGAAAAUCUUUUUAUUAUCUAAGGUUGGAAGCAAUGAGUGUGGGACGUAAGAGAUUGCAAUAUAACGGUUCACUGAGCUCCUCAUUUGCUCCAGCAGAGGGCAAUAUUAUCGUCGAUUCCGGGACUACGUUGACAUUGCUACCAGAAGACUUUUACAAUAAGCUGGAAUUGGCAGUGAGUAAGGCCAUAUGGUUAAGACGUGCAAGUGAUCCUCGUUGCUUCCUAAGCCUUUGCUACCGGACCAAAUCUGGUGCUAUCAAAGCUCCGUUAAUUACUGCACAUUUCGCUGGUGCAAAUGUGAAGCUGACUGCAGUGAACACCUUCUUAAGAUUGUCAAUGGACGUUGUCUGCUUUGCUUUCAGACCUAUUAAUCAGAGUGUCGCUGUCUUCGGCAACAUGGCACAAACGAAUCUCUUGAUAGGCUAUGACCUUAAGAAAGAUACUGUUUCUUUUAAGCCUACUGAUUGCACCAAAAAUGAAUUUGGUGUCAUAGCAUAG